AUGGCUGACAAGGAAGCAACCUUUGAUGACGCAGUCGAAGGACAUGUGAUUAAUGAAAAGUACAAAAUAUGGAAGAAAAACACCCCUUUUCUUUACGAUUUGGUGAUGAGCCAUGCUCUGGAGUGGCCCAGCCUCACUGCACAGUGGCUUCCAGAUGUGACCAGACCAGAAGGAAAAGAUUUCAGCAUUCAUCCACUUGUCCUGGGGACACACACAUCAGAUAAACAAAACCACCUUGUGAUAGCCAGUGUGCAGCUCCCUAAUGAUGAUGUCCAGUUUGAUGCUUCACACUACGACAGUGAGAAUGCAGAAUUUGGAGGUUUUGGCUCAGUUAGUGGAAAAAUUGAGAUAGAGAUCAAGAUCAACCAUGAAGGAGAAGUAAACAGGGCACGUUACAUGCCUCAGAACCCUUGCAUCAUUGCAACAAAAACUUCAUCCAGCAAUGUUCUUGUCUUUGACUAUACAAAGCAUCCUUCGAAACCAGACCCUUCUGGUGAGUGCAACCCAGACUUUUGUUUCCGGAGACAUCAGAAGGAAGGAUAUGGGCUUUCUUGGAACCCAAAUCUCAGUGGGCACUUACUUAGUGCUUCCGAUGACCAUACCAUCUGCCUGUGGGACAUCAGUGCUGUUCCAAAGGAAGGAAAAGUUGUGGAUGCAAAGACCAUCUUUACAGGCCACACAGCAGUAGUAGAGGAUGUUUCCUGGCAUCUGCUCCAUGAGUCUUUGUUUGGUUCAGUUGCCGAUGAUCAGAAACUUAUGAUUUGGGAUACUCGUUCAAACAAUACUUCCAAACCAAGCCACCCAGUUGAUGUUCACACUGCUGAAGUGAACUGCCUGUCUUUCAACCGUUACAGUGAGUUCGUUCUUGCCACGGGAUCGGCUGACAACACUGUUGCCUUGUGGGAUCUGAGAAAUCUGAAACUUCAGUUGCAUUCCUUUGAAUCACAUAAGGAUGAAAUAUUCCAAGUUCAGUGGUCACCUCACAAUGAGACUAUUUUGGCUUCCAGUGGAACUGAUCGUAUACUGAAUGUUUGGGACUUGAGUAAAAUUGGAGAACAAUCCCCAGAAGAUGCAGAGGAUGGGCCACCAGAAUUACUGUUUAUCCAUGGUGGUCAUACUACUAAAACAUCUGAUUUCUUUUGGAAUCCCAGUGAACCUUGGGUGAUUUGUUCUGUAUCAGAAGACAAUAUCAUGCAAGUGUGGCAGAUGGCAGAGAACAUUUAUAAUGAUGAAGACCCUGAAGGAAGCAUUGAUCCAGAAGGACAAGGAUCCUAGAUAUAAUGUCUGCACUUGUGAUUUUAGACUCCCCUUUUUCCCUCUCAACCUAAGAUUGAUUUAACACUGGUUUUGAGACACAGACUUGUUCGGCUAUCUCUCUUUUUAGGUACCGUCAACAAUGUUACUAGCUCAAACAGAGGGUAUUUUCUAAAUAUUAACUGGCGGACUUGAUUCAGUAAAUCCACAGGCAUAUUUAAACUUUUUUCUGGAAUUUUCUAGUAACAUAGGUCUGAAGUAGCAGUGGUAAGGGGGGGCGUUUUGCGUGGUCAUUUUUCUUUCAUACUACAUCCCCACGUUUUUCAGUGAACGCUGGAGUAAGGAAGAAAGCCAAGUGAGGUAGGUGUCUGAGCCAUUAAAUAGAAAAUAACUGAAGAUGUCCUUUUUAUUCAGGAGAGGGUAGAUUUAAGACACAAAUUUCAACUCUUAAAAUAUUCACAACAACUUUCAGAUGCACAUUGUCGUAUG